GAAGGUCACGUGACUCCGUGCGCAUGCGCAGAGCUGCCGGCGGCGGUUGUCUGAGUGAUUUGAGUUUUCUGUUGGAUGUUUAGCAGCGUGUGUAGCUAUAAACAGAUUCUUCUAAUCAUUCACUUUAAUUUAUUCUCGCUUUCGCUUUCUGUUCGUGCUCUGCACUGGAUUCUUCGGAGCGCUAUGAGUCCAGCGUGUGAGGAUGGCGUCUGAAGACGGUCUGAUGUCUCCCGAGUCCAGCGUCACGUCGCUGCUGGCCACUUCUGGACUCCUGCAGAGCUCCUUGCGUCCGGAGCCCGUCCCCAGCAUCAAAUACAGAGACAGACACUACAUCUCUGCGUCAGAGGCGCUGGACGCUUACAUCACUGACUUCCAGAGGAGUCUGCGAGACGCUGAGACCACGACCGGGAAACUAGAGCUGCCCAAAGAGAGGACAAAACCUCAUCCCAGAAACAGAGACGUACUGAAGACGAGUCUGACAGAUGAAGAGCUGAUCUUCCUGAACAUUCCCGUCCGGAACAGAGACUCGGACCGGCUCAGUAUGACCACUGAUGACCUCCUGGCUCUCCCAGAUGACGGCUCUCUCCCCGUGACCCGCACCUCGGCCCUCCUCUCCCACUCUGGGAGCUUUCCGUUGGGAUUGAGCUUCAACUCUAGCUCCCGGUCACACUCCCGGUCCAUUAUGUCCCAUAAAAGCUCCAUAAGGCGUCCCAUCCCUGCGGAUGAUUUACUGAUGGACAGUUUGCGGUCACACCGUCAAGCUCCUCCCCCCAACAUGCCACCGACCAAUCGGGCGCUUCCACCCGACACGCCCAGAUCCAGUCAUCUCCCGCGCUGGAUGACCAGCCAGAAAUCCGAAAUGGAUUUUUCCGGGAUGACCAGCGUUCCUGAGCUGAAGUAUCCGGUGUGGCUGAGACAGUGUGACGGAUCCUCAGACGGCCAGCAGAGCGAUCGUCCUCUUCCUCCAGGAGUUCCUUCAUGGGUCGGAGACCUGGAGGAGUCCAGUGGAGAACGGCAGUCAGACACUAGAGGUCAGCGAGGUGUCAGAGGUCACGCAGGAGAUCCGUAUGGAUCCCAGUCCACCGAUCAGAGCAGUCUGAGAGAUCUGCGUUUACAGUUUGAGCAGAAACUCCAGGCAGCACAGAGAGGACCGGUUCAUGAAGGACCACUUUUCAAAGAUGAUAAGAUUGGUUCUCUGAUCUUCAGAGCCGAGCAGAUGUUAAACUCGUCUUCGUUUGCUCUCUGUGAGCCGGUGAAGGAGCACAACAGUUCAGGAGAUACGGAGGACGCUCUGGACGCGGACCGAUCCUGGGACAAUCCACCUGUGACGUUUAAAUCUCCAGUGCCAGUGGGUGGCGCUGAUGAACCUCCAGCACCUGAGGAACUUCAGCGGAGCAAGUCUGCAGCUUCCUGUUCAUCAGGAUACAGCAGCCGGAAGCAUCCUGGUCCGGUGGAGGCACUCAAACACAUGCUGUUCCGCCUGCAGGCCGUCGAGCACAAGAUCAGCCAAUCACACGCCACCACUGCAUCUUCAGCCGCACAGCUGGAGAGAGACACACCGGAGCCGGUUCCUCAGCAGGAAACAGAAGAAACUGAUCUGGGAAAUGUGGAGUCAUUACAGAGGUCAGGAGGAGCUCUUCAUCACCUGGACCGACUGAAAACACUUGUGGACGACAUGAACGAGAGGAAGGCCAGCGCAGAGGAUGAUGGGACAGAUUGUACAGACACUCCUGCAGCUAAUAUCACAGACUGGGCCAGAAUCAAUAAACGCUUGUGAAUCAGAAAUCACAGACUCUUAUUAUCCUACAGAUACAGAGGUUUCAUUGAUCAUAUUAGCUUAAAAAGCUGAUUGUGCUUUAAAGGAUCUUUAAAACUUCUUAAAAGAUAAAAAAUGUAAAUAAACUAUUGAGUGAAGCUGUUUCAAAGGGCACAUGCUUUUACCAGCAAUGAGUAGCAUUCGAUCUAAUCAGUCAAAAAAAGUGUGUUUACAUGCAGGUCACUUAUUAAUAUCCAAGUUCAUUUAAUCAUUUAGUUUUGCAAUGUUCUUGAUUGCUGACUGGA